AUGGUCAAGCCAACCACUCAUUCGGCCUACUGCUUCGUCAGUGGCCAGUCCGACCCCUCCAAGACGCCUUCAUCAUCCAAGUUUAUACUGUCUAUUCGUCAGCAGCCUCAGAGAGCCAAGGUCUGCGGUGUCAAGGAGCGCGACCGUCGUCCAAUUGACCCGCCCCCUAUCAUCCAGAUCAAACUGGCCGAACCUUCGAUCGAUAAGAACAAGGACUAUCUUCAAAGCCCAUACCUGUUCAUGUGCUGCAAUCUCGUCCCCGCCAAUGAGCCCGAAGGCGAGAUUGUAGCCCCAGCACACCGCGCACUGGCCGGAACCGUCGUCUCGUCUCUCAACCGGCUAAAGGAUGUCGACAACUCUGACGGCGGCUUCUUUGUCUUUGGGGACAUGUCUGCCAGAAUCGAGGGCCGGUUCCGCCUUCGAUUCACACUCUUCGAGCUGGUCGAGGGUCAGGUCGUACAUGUGAUGUCCAUUGCGUCGAACCCGGUGACGGUCCACUCCAGCAAGACUUUCCCUGGAAUGUGUGAGUCGACAUUUUUGUCAAGGAGUUUUUCCGACCAAGGUGUUCGGAUUCGGAUCCGAAAGGACCACCACGUCAAGCCUAAGAGACCCGUGAACGAAUCCACCGACGCAGAUGAAGAGGAGGAAAGCCGCACCUCCGUAGCCAUGCACAGUCCUCUCUCGUCCUGCAACGACGGCGAUCAAAGCGAUCAUGACUCCAGCCAUGAUACUCAGCCCGCGAAACGAACAAAGCCUUCCACAUCGUCGUCGUCGACCGCUGCUGCCAGCACUGGUUCGAAACCUAUUACCAUUGCCAGUCGUUCAAGACAUCAUCGAUCCAAGAGCAACUAUUCAUCCGAGGGAGCUUCGGAGAGGACGCCCCCAUCGUCACCUGGGCCCUAUGUUGCCUUUGGUUCUGCGCCAUCGUGGGGCCGCCACCACCCAUACAGACUGGACCUCUCCCCUCGGCGGUACGAGGAUCCCCGUUAUUCGGCUUCGUUGCGGUUCCGCGACCCAUACUACGAGCAAGAGAGGCCCUCUGCAUUCUAUGAAGGGCUCCACAUCGAGUCCAACUCUCGCCUUUUCGAACACCCCGGCUUUGCUCGCAGUGCGUUGGUGCAUCAUCCAAGAGAGGUCCGUGGUGGUCGACCUGAUCACGGCUACCCUGUUGAGUAUGCUGCUCAGAGAGAGCGAUCCCGCUCGUUUGGCCACCCUCGGUACAUUUCAACCUCCAGCAUUGGUUAUUUCCAUCACCCCUUCGAAAAUCAUGGUCCAUAUUGGGUUGAAGGCCACCCCGUCUACUUUCACGGUCCCGAGCCACCACCACACGCAAUUGCCUUGGCCCAUCCUCCUUCUGCCGCCUUUACUUCGCCCCAAGGAGCCCCGUUGUCUCACGCCACGCCAUCAUCCAAGAGCAGCAAGUCCCGAGCCGUUCCAUCUGCUCGCCACGGAUUCCCUGCUUCCCUGUUGAACGACGAAGAGAUGGAGGAUGUGUCUUCUGACAAACAACAAGAUGUUCUUCACAGCCGUACACCGUCAAUGUCGUCACAGCACAGCGAGAGCAACUUCUCGCCGCCCCACCCUUUCUCGCCAUCCGAGUUCCAUGCACCAACGAUGAACCAUGGGGCAGGGUCCCAUCGAGAAGCGCCUCCUAUGCGCGAUACAAGACUUCAAACGCCAACCUCGCCUCAUGCUCAAGGCUUCCCUUGCAUACUGAACGAACAUCAGAUAGAAGUUUUGACAAACAUGGAGUUAUCGAACAAGGAACGCAAGGAGCACAAGAAGCACAAGAAGAGCAAAAAGCACAAGGAGCACAAGGACAAGAAGAGAAAGCAUGAAGAAGACGAUGUUGAGUUAAACGUCGGCAGCUUCAAGAAGGCCCUCGUGACCCCUACCGUCGAGUCCUUGGCCGCCUCAACUGCCGUCCCUCCAACUUCUAGUCGUCCUGUCACAGUCGGUUCCGCUGGAUCUGGAAAUUUGGACGAACUGAACAUCUUUGGUGGUGGUGACCAUUCCAGCGCGGAGGAGGACUCUUCGAGCGAUGAGGACGAGGCGACUGCUCGAUCCAAGGUCCUUCAGAAGGCGCGCUCUGUCAACGAUGCGACCAUGGCCGCUGUCGCUGAUCUCUUGACAGCCACUACUGCAGGUGUGAGUGCGGAUGUGAUCAAGAUGCAGCAACAACUCCAGCAACAGAUUCCUUUCACUGCUUCGUCUACCUCUACCGCUACCGCUAGCAGUGCAGAACAGCUGACGCGAGAGGAGAUCCUAGAGUCGAUUGCCGGCAUUCCAGCGAUGCAGAUGCUGCUCCAGCAGGACGGUUUGGCAACCGCAGCCCAGCCACAGCAGCAUCAGGAUGCGAACGCGAUCUUGAUGAGCCUCAGCAACGACCCCUCGAUCCUCGCGACUGUCAACAACACAGAGCACCACCCCACCUUGGGUCAGAUUAUGCAGCGGGAAGCCGCGGCGGCGGCAGCGGUAGCGGCGGCGUCCGGAUUGCCAGUGCUUGAUGGCAAGAGCAGUAGCACCAAGAAGAAGAAGGCGGCCGCAGCGGCCGGGCCCAAGAGGAACACUCGAACUGGUGUGCCAGCUGUGGCGGCUGCUAACGCUGCCAAUGCCAGGACUUUGGAAGAGCAGAUGGACUAUGAUAUGAGUGGCGCCUCUGAAAAUAUUCUGCACACCAAGUGGAUGAUGGCCACCGAGUUGAAAGAGCGAGGCAUCCCAUACCGCACGGGAACGUUCAGUCCGGGGGAGGACAACAUUAUUCGCCAAAGCAUCGACGAAUACAUUUCACGCCACCAUCUGCCCCCGAACGCUCUCCAUGAGUGGUUCGAAAAGGCCUCAGGCCGUGGAGCCGGAAAGGCGGAGCGGAACGAGCUGAAGUCUCUCUGGGUCGAAAUUGCUGGCCGAUUGAAGACGAGACCACUGCUGAACAUCUAUUUGCAUGUGCGCCGUAUGUACCAUCCCCAGAACAACAUGGGAGUUUGGACAAAGGAAGACGACGACAAGCUGAUUGAAUACUACGCCAAGCAUAAGGGCCAGUGGACGACAAUUGGAGUGGCCCUAGGUCGUAUGGCCGACAGUUGCCGUGACCGUUACCGUAACCAUCUCAAGGACCUAGCCACGAUGAAUACUGGAACGUGGGCACCUGAGGAGGACAAGAAACUGUUGGACAUCAUGACGGACCUUGCAAAGAAGCAAGGAAAGACCAACCUUGCCGAUGCUACGCACAUGUGGACGGCAAUCUCGGAGUUGAUGGGAGGUACUCGGUCAAGGCAUCAGUGUCGCCAUCGAUACACCCAGUCCUUGCAGCCCAAGAUGGAGAUGGCCGACUGGUUGCCUCCAACUCUUGAACAGACCCUGGCGGCCUCGAACGUGAUGUCACUGCGAAAGUCGAUUUCUGAGAAGAAUGGACAGAAGCGGCAAGCAGAGGCGGAGGGAGCAGGAGGCACAUCACCUUCUAGUGUCCAGCCUGCAUCCGCCUCCACCGAGUUCACUGUUCCAGUUGAGGAUAUCCGCGUCCUUGCUGCUGCCCUCCAGAACGUCAUGCCCAACGGGUCUGAUAGUAGUCUUCUUUGGACCCAGGCGAUCGGCGGCUCGGGAUCGACUCAUGCCGGCGGCACCUCUUCCAUGUCGAGUGCCGAUCAAGCAGAUCAUGCGGCUUUGACGGCCGCCAUCGCUGCGGCGACCUCACUUCCUGUUCCAUCGGCCUCAGCAUUGCUCUCUCCAGCAUUGUUGACCGCAUCUGCAGCCUCCACCGACAAAGCAGAGACCACCGGCUCUUCUACCACUACCACCACCACAGAAGCCAAUGUCACGACCAACACUGUGCCACCCGCGCCCGAACAUCUCCAAAGAAGAACAGGAGCGCGCCAGCGUGCCCUUGAUGUCAUGCGUCUGAUCGAGAAGUCUGAAUACAAGGAGUACUCCGAGAUCAAGUGGAAGACCAUGGCCAAGAAACUUCGGGCCAAGCUCCAGGAGGCCAACGGAGAGAUACUGGGCAAGAUCAUUGAGGCCCGUGAACGGUUGUCGGCCAAGAGAGACAAGGCUGUGAGUGAUGGUGAUCGGUUCAACGGAUCAGUGUUGGCGGGUGUUGUGGCAGCAAUGGAUGCAGCCUUGACGGCCGCCCACGCCGAGUCGGUGAUGACGGUGCAGUUCUCGGCGUCGUCUGCAGUGCUUCAAUCAGCAUUUGGAGUGACGCGAUCCAAAGUUGAGGGGUACAAGACCAUGCCGUUCAAGGAACUGUUGGCCAAGAUGACUGCGCUUGAAGAGGAGGAGGUCCGGAAGUAUAGAGAGACCAGGAGGAUCAUUACAAGUCCCGAGUAUGCGGAAGCCGCACUUGUUCAAGGCCCUUCGGCGAACCGGGAGACGUUUGCUUCUGUGGCGAGGUUCCGUCAGAUGCGUACGUAUGUCGUCGCGAAACAGGCCGCGUCAAAGGCACUUUAUCAGCACUUUGGAGAUAACUCUCGCCGGACAUUGAAUUCGAUCCAGAGCAAAGCCGAAGAGAUGUUGCGGGAUGAGAUGAACUCGGAUAGCAUGAUGCCGAUUUUAUCGAGGAUCCUGCUCAAGAUGCAACUCGAGCCUUCUGUUACCUCUUCCCAAGAGGCGGCGGCGGCGGCGACAGCGGCUGCGGCUGCGGCUGCGACGGAAAAUAUCCGGACGAACGAGUUUGUCGAGUCUGGAGAGGAGGAAUCGGACUAUGAGCAGGAGGUUGUUGCCGCUACGGCGGCUGCAGUGGCUGCUGGCAUCGAUGACAAGGACCUCUCAGGCGAGGACGAGGACGAAUGA